CCGAGGGUGCUGAGCAGGUCGCGGUUGCAGCUCCUUCCAGCUCCUGGCAGCCGGGCACCUGAAGGAACGGGUCUUGCAAGGACGCGGCUGGAUCUGGCCCAGCCAUGGACCGAAAAGUGGCCCGAGAAUUCCGGCAUAAGGUGGAUUUUCUGAUUGAAAAUGAUGCAGAGAAGGACUAUCUCUAUGAUGUGUUGCGGAUGUACCACCAGACCAUGGACGUGGCCGUGCUCGUGGGAGACCUGAAGCUGGUCAUCAAUGAACCCAGCCGCCUGCCUCUGUUUGAUGCCAUUCGGCCCCUGAUCCCACUGAAGCACCAGGUGGAAUAUGACCAGCUGACCCCCCGGCGCUCCAGGAAGCUGAAGGAGGUGCGUCUGGACCGUCUGCACCCGGAAGGCCUUGGCCUGAGCGUGCGUGGUGGCCUGGAGUUUGGCUGUGGGCUCUUCAUCUCCCACCUCAUCAAAGGCGGUCAGGCAGACAGCGUUGGGCUCCAGGUAGGGGAUGAGAUCGUCCGGAUCAACGGAUAUUCCAUCUCCUCCUGCACCCAUGAAGAGGUCAUCAACCUCAUCCGAACCAAGAAAACUGUGUCCAUCAAAGUGAGACACAUCGGCCUGAUUCCCGUGAAGAGCUCUCCUGAUGAGCCCCUCAAGUGGCAGUAUGUGGAUCAGUUUGUGUCAGAAUCCGGGGGCGGGCGAGGCAGCCUGGGCUCACCCGGGAAUUGGGAAAACAAGGAGAAGAAGGUCUUCAUCAGCCUGGUGGGCUCUCGGGGCCUUGGCUGCAGCAUUUCUAGCGGCUCCAUCCAGAAGCCUGGCAUCUUCAUCAGCCACGUGAAGCCUGGAUCCCUGUCUGCUGAGGUGGGAUUGGAGACAGGGGACCAGAUUGUCGAAGUCAACGGCAUUGACUUCUCUAACCUGGACCACAAGGAGGCCGUGAACGUGCUGAAGAGUAGCCGCAGCCUGACCAUCUCCAUCGUAGCUGGAGCUGGCCGGGAGCUGUUCAUGACGGAUCGGGAGCGGCUGGCAGAGGUACGGCAGCAAGAGCUGCAGCGGCAAGAGCUUCUCAUGCAGAAGCGGUUGGCGAUGGAGUCCAACAAGAUCCUCCAGGAGCAGCAGGAGAUGGAGCGGCAAAGGAGAAAAGAAAUUGCCCAGAAGGCAGCAGAGGAAAAUGAGAGAUACCGGAAGGAGAUGGAACAGAUUGUAGAGGAGGAAGAGAAGUUUAAGAAGCAAUGGGAAGAAGACUGGGGCUCAAAGGAACGGCUACUCCUGCCUAAAACCAUCGCCGCUGAGGUGCAUCCAGUACCUCUUCGCAAGCCAAAGUCUUUUGGGUGGUUUUAUCGUUAUGAUGGCAAAUUCCCAACCAUCCGGAAGAAAGGAAAAGAUAAGAAGAAAGCCAAGUAUGACAGCCUGCAGGACUUGAGAAAGAAUAAGAAGGAACUGGAGUUUGAGCAAAAGCUUUACAAAGAGAAAGAGGAAAUGCUGGAGAAGGAAAAGCAGCUAAAGAUCAACCGGCUGGCCCAGGAGGUGUCUGAGACAGAGCGGGAAGACCUUGAAGAAUCGGAAAAGAUUCAAUAUUGGGUGGAGAGGCUCUGUCAGACUCGCCUUGAGCAGAUUUCCUCUGCUGAUAAUGAGAUUUCAGAGAUGACCACAGGGCCCCCACCUCCUCCGCCUUCUGUUUCUCCCCUGGCCCCACCGUUGAGACGCUUUGCAGGCGGACUGCACCUGCACACCACUGACCUGGACGACAUCCCUUUGGACAUGUUCUACUAUCCCCCCAAGACUCCCUCUGCUCUGCCAGUGAUGCCCCACCCUCCAUCCUCCAACCCACCCCACAAGGUCCCGGCACCACCUGUCCUCCCCUCAUCUGGCCAUGUGAGCACCUCAUCCUCCCCCUGGGUGCAGCGCACUCCACCCCCCAUUCCCAUCCCUCCCCCGCCAUCCGUUCCCACCCAAGACCUCACUCCCACCCGCCCACUGCCCUCGGCGCUGGAAGAAGCACUGGGCAACCAUCCCUUCCGCACUGGGGACACAGGCAGUCCAGCGGAGGACUGGGAGGGAAAGAACCACAGUGGGAAGCCCACCAACUCCCCUGUCCCUGAACGCAGCUUCACCACCGCAAAGACAUUUUGCCCAAGCCCACAGCCUCCACGAGGCCCUGGCGUGUCCACCAUCUCCAAACCUGUCAUGGUCCACCAGGAACCCAAUUUCAUCUACAGGCCAGCUGUGAAAUCUGAAGUUCUGCCACAGGAGAUGUUGAAGAGGAUGGUGGUUUAUCAGACAGCAUUCAGACAAGACUUCCGGAAAUAUGAGGAAGGCUUCGACCCCUACUCUAUGUUCAGCCCAGAGCAGAUCAUGGGGAAGGACGUCCGGCUCCUGCGCAUUAAGAAGGAGGGAUCCUUAGACCUGGCUCUGGAAGGUGGUGUGGACUCCCCCAUUGGGAAGGUGGUCGUUUCUGCUGUGUACGAAGGGGGAGCUGCCGAGCGGCAUGGUGGCAUUGUGAAAGGAGACGAGAUCAUGGCAAUCAACGGCAAGAUUGCGACAGACUACACCCUGGCUGAGGCUGAGGCUGCCCUGCAGAAGGCCUGGAAUCAGGGCGGGGACUGGAUCGACCUUGUGGUUGCCGUCUGCCCCCCCAAGGAGUACGAUGAUGAGCUCGCUUCUCUUCCCUCCUCCGCAGCUGAAAGCCCCCAGCCGGUCCGAAAGCUCCUUGAAGACCGUGCUGCCGUGCACAGACACGGGUUCCUCCUGCAGCUGGAGCCCAUGGUGAAUAGGCAGGCUGGCCACAGGGCCCUGUCUUCCCUGCUGCGUGCAGUGACCAUCUGCUGCCCACGUUGUCAGCAGGUUCUUUGGACUGGCAUCUGGAGGGUACACAAAGCGCCAUCCCUGAAGUGCUGCCCGGGGCCUGCUGUUGGCCACAGUGGAAUUGUUCAGACUCAAGGCCUUUCCCUCAGGGAGGUGGCACAGAGCCCAGUCUGCGAAAUGUGCUUGUGACCCAGGUGUCCUGACUCAUCAUGGCCUGGGACCUGCUUUGGGUCCCAAGCAGCACCCAAAUGAGUGGCAUGAUGCACUGGGCACCAUUCUCUGUGGGGCACAGACUGUGCCUCGAACUAGGCACAUGGGGCUAGGGGAGCCCACAGGAGGCCUAGCUGGAAUUGCCCCCCAGAGGUGUCCUCAGCAGAAUGUGAAAAUUCCCCUUCGCAUGAAUGCCAGCCUGCUGGGAGCUCUGCUCUACCCUGGCCCCCACACUUGGCCAGAACCAGGGCUAUUAAGAGGUUUUGAAGACUGGUCCAAAGAACC